AUGAUCAACUGUCCAUCAGCAGACUGCCCUUGGAAGGGCAUUUCCAUCGAGCAAUAUUACCGCCACGUUCAACGGAUGCACGAGCCUUUAAACGGAUACAUGUGUAUUGAAAAGUGUGGCCGUUUAUUUACAUCGAUCACAAGUCUUCGAAAACAUACAUUGUCCUGUAGAGAAAAAUAUAAUUCUAAUAUUGAGUGUAAUACAGAGAGAACAAUCAAUCACUUUGAGCAGUUACAUGAACCCUGUCAUCCAGCGGAAAUCCAUGUGGAAAAUGAAAUUAACAGUAGAGAAAAGGAUAACGAGGAAAUCAACAUCGAAAAUAAAUGUGUAGUCGUUAGUGAUACUGUGAAAUUAGUAGCUGUUGAAGCAAAACAACUAAGCACCAACAUGACAUUGAAAUGGCUGAGCGAAAAUGGACUCGCCAGGAAGGUUGCUUUUGAGAUCAAUAGAGACAUUAAGCAAAAUAUUGUCGACCCACUAAGCUCAGUAAUUCAUGAUUUACAACUCAAGGGAGCUAUGACGAAUGAGUGUGAACAGAUGCUCACCACCAUGCUUGAAAGCUUCGAUUGCACAUCUGAGUACAAAUGUAUACAGCAGCUGAAAAGAGAUGGUUUGUACGAAGAUCCAACGUAUUUCCACGUCAAUGAGGAGCAAAUGUCAUUGUCCGCCGAUCCACUUUCCGAAAGGAUUUUUGAGCAAAUUCACGGUGUAUUGAUGCCCGUAAAGUUCAUGCUGCGAACAUACUUGCAAACUGAGGGUGUAUUCAAUACGGUUAUCAAUAGUCUGAAGCUGUCGAACGAUGGACUGAUACGCUCCCUUAUUGAUGGUUCAAUUUGGCAGGAACGAACAAGAGAAAUGUGUUGCAGAACCGUGAUCCCGAUAAACAUAUAUUUUGACGAUUUUACCACUAGUGAUACAUCUUCUUGUCAUUCAAAAUCCACUUCUAUUUGUGCCGUAUAUUUAAAUAUACCAAGUAUGCCAGCUUAUCUACAAGGAAAAUUGAGUAAUAUUUUGACCGUAGGGUUCAUCAAAAGUCAAGAUAGGAAAAAAAUGAACAAUGACAAAACUCUGCACAGAUUGAUUGAAUUGUUAAUUGAACUGGAGACCAAAGGCAUUACUGUUAGCAUUGAUGGAGAAGAGCAAAGAGUGUUUUUUGUUCUCGGAUUUAUUGUUGGUGAUAAUUUAGGCGUGAAUGGGAUUCUGGAUUAUGUAGAAAGCUUCCGAGCUAACUUUUUUUGUAGAGUAUGUAAAAGAAGGCGGAUUCAGACGGAGACAGAUGCCAAAGAGCACUCGGAAGUUUUUCGCUCGCCCAUGAGCUAUGAUCAUGACGUUCGACUAGGUAUUGUUUCAGAAACAGGCAUCAAAGCUUCGAGUCCUUUCAAUAAAAUUCCUUCCUACCAUGUAACACAUAAUUUCGUGUUCGAUAUUAUGCAUGAUAUAUUCGAAGGAGUUGGAAUCUAUGAUUUGCAACACAUGCUAUACUAUUUUGUUUACAUUAGAAAAUACUUUAGCGUAAGUGACUUCAACGAGAGAAAAAAUAACUUUGUCUAUGGAAAUCAAAACUCAGAUAACAUAAUCCACGACAUUCAAGAUCAUCAUUUGAAAAUGAAGAGGAUAAAAUGCACCGCUAAUGAAAUGAAAACGUUGAUCAUUUUUCUUCCAUUAAUUAUUGGCCCUCUAAUACCAGAAAAUGAUGAAGUUUGGCAGCUGGCAUGUAGUCUUGUGAAAAUCGUGCAUAUUGUAUUAUUGCGAGAUGUACCUUAUGAGUUAGUGAAAGAACUGAGAUCAGUUAUCGAGUUUCAUCAUACGCAAUAUGUCAAAUUGUUUCAAGAUUCUCUUAAACCGAAACAUCAUAACCUAGUACACUAUCCCACCGCGAUUUUAAAAGGUGGCGCUCUUAGACAACAUUGGUGCAUGAGAUUUGAAGCCAAGCACCGAGAGCCUAAAGCAUACUGUAAAGUUAAUAGUAAUCGUAUUAACAUGUGCUCAUCUAUUGCUGUUAAAUCAAACUUCAAAUUUGCGUAUAAUUGUAUGAACAAAAACUUCGUUUUUCCAAAAAUUCAAUACGAUGAAACACAGAUUUACUUGAAUCAAUGCCGGACUCUAUAUCUCAAAAACAGUAAUUGUAAUUUAAACAACAUCGACAUGGAAGCUGUAAAAUUUCUGAAAAGUUUUGUAAAAUGUGAAACUGUGUAUAAUAGAGGAUCGAUUUUCAAUGUUGUUUCGAAGGCCACGGUCAACAUUUAUAAAAUAUUAGAAAUUUUUCUUAACAACAAUAAUGCCAUAUUGCUUUUAUGUGAACAGUUUGAAGUGGUUAAGUUUAACACACAUUUGCAGUCGUUUGAAUUAAAUGCGAAAACCACAACAGUGAUAGUAGAUAAUAUAGAAAACUGCGAGUCACAACAAAUCAAUUUACAUGAUGUUAAUAAUACUAUGUAUUUGCGACUAUGUAAUUAUUACAAAGUGUGACAAAGACCUGUACACUUAGUGUUAAGUUGUAGCUUAAGUAUGAUAAAAUGUAUAAAUUACAUAAAUAAAAGAGCUUUGAUAUGCGUUAGACAUUUUCAUAUUUGUUAAAAAAAAUACUGCCGGUAAACGCAUUAGUGCUCAUGUUUUUGGUACAUUGGGCAGUUUUGUGUUUAUCGGCAUCUAUGAAACGAAAGAACAGAAGGCGUGGGAGCCUGAAAUCCCCAUUUAAUUUCAACAAAUUUCUUAGAUUGUUUCGAGAAAUACCGUUGGUUUUAUUUAGCAUUUUUUUGUUUAUAUCGACAAAUCUUCGGAUUUGCAGAAAACUAAUUUUUGGCGAUAACAAUCUGGAGGCUUUGUUUGAAUUUACCUAGAAUUAAUCAAAUGUCAAAAAGCAACAACCAAUAUUAUGGUUGUUUCUAAAAAAAAAUGGUUGAAAUUGGGUAAAAAUCGAAAAAACAAAUAACCUAUAAUUUUAGUUGAUUUUUAACAAUGCAGUUUGUUGAAGUAAACCCAAAUUAAGUUUGUGCAAAUUUUGAUACGAGAAUUUGGUUAAAGUAAACUAGAAUUUGGCUGUUUUUAAUAAUCUUUUUUCUCCGUGGAUAAUUUGUUUCCAUUUAGGGAAAUCAUCCUCGUAUUCUAAUAAGUCUUCCAAAGUUUGGUCGACAUCCUCAACCCAUGCGAGGGUUUCUUUCCUGUUUCCAGAAAAAGUCGGAAUAAUUUUGAUUUGGUCAGGAAUGCUGAAAGUUUCCGACCGUCUACUGUUUAGUGAGUUGAUCGUGUCGAUCAAUGAAUUUUGAUUUUCGGUUAAUUUCUUAACCUGGUUUAUUAGUUGCUUCUUGGUGAUUUCACCUGAGGCUUCACCGCUUGACUUGACGUCCGGGUUCAUUUUUUAAUUUAUUUUUUUUUAUUUAUUUCAGACGUUAAAAUAUUGCUUUUCCUAAGAGGUUUUAGAAGAUAUCCUCUCUUUUUAAAACUUUAGGUGUGGCGAAUAUUGACGAAUUUAGUAUUUAGACAAAUGUAAAAACUUUGUCUGUUUGUGUGUGUGUGUGUGUGUGUUUUUUAUUAUUUUACCCUAUUCCGAGGGUCACUUUUGUUCACUUUUUGUUCACUUUUAUUCACUUGAGUGGAGAAAAAAGUUUUCUACUUACAGUAGGAUAUUCUGCAUCCUCCUGGAGUUUAAGGUAUCCUGUAGAAUCCUGGGGGUUGGUUCGUCAAGUGGGUCCUUCUUCGUUCCUGAUGCUCGCAACUCGGUGGUUUUCUUUCUCCGAUGGUUUCCCGGGGCACCAGCUGUUCACUAUGAACUUAACUCGGUUGGGUUUGAUGCACUACGAAUCACUUUUCGCGACACUACUUCCACUUUUUUUUCCAGACUGCGCCAGCUUUGCGAGACUUCGCCGAGACUUAUAAAAAAAAACAUUUAUUCAAAACACUAAACCUAGAUUCUACAAUUCACACUUAAAACUAAAGUCACUUCACUGUGCCCUAGCCUUUUUAUCACUUCGUAUACCUAGCGUCAGCGUUUGCCAUCCGGUCCGUUGGUGCGUCGUCGGUCACGUUGUCUCCGUUUCGAUUCUGCUGCGUUGACGAUUGCGUAUCGAUCGGUGUCACUGCCGGUCGAUCAGCCAAAAUCCAACCUGUUGGUUGUUGCUAAGCGGUGCAUGCCUAUGAUGAUGAAUGUGUGGCAUCGCCUGGGUUGAACGAUCGGU